AUGUCACUCUCCAAAGUGAAGCACAUUGUGCUGGUUUUGUCGGGCAAAGGCGGUGUCGGAAAAUCAUCGGUGACGACGCAGCUUGCUCUGUCCCUCGCGCUGGCGGGACACUCGGUGGGCGUUCUCGAUGUCGAUCUGACGGGCCCCUCGAUCCCGCGCAUGCUGUCCAUCGAGGCGGAGAAAGUGAAGCAGGCGCCCGGGGGCUGGCUUCCUGUGCCGGUGCACGAGGCUGUCGAGGAAAAGGGCAUCGGUUCGUUCCACGCCAUGAGUCUCGGGUUCCUCCUGCCGAGGCGAGGCGACGCCGUCGUGUGGCGUGGACCCAAGAAGACGGCCAUGGUCAGGCAGUUCCUCACGGACGUCCUGUGGGACGAGACGGACUACCUGCUCAUCGACACACCCCCGGGCACCAGCGACGAGCACAUCUCUCUGGCCGAGACGCUACUCCGCGACGCCCGCCCCGGCCAGGUGGCCGGCGCCGUCGUCGUCACGACACCCCAGGCGGUGGCGACGGCGGACGUCAAGAAGGAGCUCAACUUUUGCGUCAAGACGGGUAUCAAGGUCCUCGGCGUCGUCGAAAACAUGAGCGGCUUCGUCUGUCCGCACUGCUCUGAGUGCACCAACAUCUUCAGCUCCGGCGGCGGCGCCGUCAUGGCGCAGGAGUUUGGCGUGCCUUUCCUCGGCACCGUCCCCAUCGACCCCCAGUUUGGCGAGCUGGUCGAGUCCGGCAGGAGACCAGAGUACCCCCAGGGGACCCAAGUUCACGGGCAUGACAUGAGCAAGACCGAGACGGGGAGCGACGGUCAGUCCAAGGGCGACACACUUGUCGAGAAGUACCAGGACUGCUCGCUGUCUCGCAUCUUCAACGACAUCACGACGCAGUUGACGAGCACUGUCGAAAGCCAAGCCCAAUCAUGA